AUAUUUUGCAUAAAUUUGCAAAAAGCGGUUAUUUUCCCGACUGUUCAUCUCUGAUAUCCGCUUAAACUGAUCUAAUAUGUCGGAUUCAGACGGAGAUUCUUCAGCAACGUCCUCUUCAGAAGAGCAGAAUGGCCGACCACUUCCAAAGCCGAGAUCGGACACAGACUAUCAUGCGAAGAUUAAAAGUGAUGCCACGAAAAGGUUCGACUUUCUUCUCAAACAAACGGAAUUUUUCGCCCAUUUUAUGGCUACUGGAUCUCCAACAACAACGAAACCUACCUCCCCUCUGAAGAUGCGUUUGGAACAAGUUGCCCAACAAGCCGAAGAAACCAGCACAAGAACUCGAACAACAUCUUCUUCGGAUGAUCAUCGACAUAGAAGAACUGAAAAAGAAGAAGACGAAGAAUUACUAAGCGUGGCCGCAAAAACCAACACUCAAUCGGGAAAAGUUACAAGGUUUGAAGACAGUCCUUCAUUUAUCGAAGGAGGAAAGAUGAGAGACUAUCAGGUUCGUGGAUUAAAUUGGUUAAUCUCUCUUUAUGAAAAUGGUAUAAAUGGAAUAUUGGCGGAUGAAAUGGGAUUGGGAAAAACUCUUCAAACUAUUUCUCUUCUUGGCUAUAUGAAGCAUUACAGAAAUGUUGCUUCACCUCACUUAAUUAUUGCUCCUAAAUCAACAUUAUCAAACUGGAUGAAUGAGAUAAAACGCUGGUGCCCUUCGAUGACAGCAGUUUGCCUAAUAGGAAAUCAAGAACAAAGAUCAGCUAUAAUACGAGAUACACUAUUACCAGCCACAGAAUGGAAUAUAUGUGUAACUUCAUAUGAAAUGAUCUUGAGAGAACGAGCUGUUCUUAAAAGAUUCAAUUGGCGUUACUUAGUUAUAGACGAGGCUCACAGAAUUAAAAAUGAGAAAUCUAAGCUUUCUGAAAUGGUUCGAGAAUUUCGUAGUACUAAUCGUUUGUUGUUAACUGGAACACCUUUACAAAAUAAUUUACACGAACUGUGGUCUCUUUUAAAUUUUCUUUUGCCUGAUGUAUUCAAUUCUUCAGAUGACUUUGAUGCUUGGUUUAACACCAACAGUAUUCAAUCUGCUGACCAACAGCUAGUUCACCGUCUUCAUUCAGUUCUACGACCAUUUAUGUUAAGAAGAAUUAAAUUGGAUGUAGAGCACGCACUAUUGCCAAAGAAAGAAACAAAAAUUUAUAUUGGCUUAGCAAAAAUGCAAAGAGAAUGGUAUACAAGGAUUUUAAUGAAAGACAUUGAUAUAGUUAACGGAGCUACAGGACGAUCAGAUAAAAUGAGGUUGUUAAAUAUUUUGAUGCAACUUAGAAAGUGUACAAAUCAUCCAUAUCUGUUCGACGGUGCCGAGCCUGGACCUCCUUACACAACUGAUAAACAUAUCGUUGAUAAUUCCGGGAAAAUGAUCCUACUAGAUAAGUUGUUACCAAAGCUUAAAGAGCAAGAUAGUCGUGUUUUAAUUUUCAGUCAGAUGACAAGAUUGUUAGACAUCUUGGAGGAUUAUUGCUGUUGGAGAGGAUAUAAUUAUUGUCGUCUUGAUGGCCAAACGUCACACGACAUUAGACAACAACAGAUUGAUGAAUAUAAUGCGCCCAAUUCAUCUAAAUUCAUUUUUAUGCUUUCAACGAGGGCAGGGGGUUUAGGUAUAAAUUUGGCAACAGCGGAUGUAGUAAUUUUGUACGAUUCAGAUUGGAAUCCCCAAGCCGAUCUGCAAGCCAUGGAUAGAGCUCAUAGAAUUGGUCAAAAGAAACAAGUCAGAGUAUUCAGAUUAAUAACAGAAAAUACCGUUGACGAAAGAAUUUGUGAAAGAGCCGAAAUGAAAUUAAAGUUAGAUAGCAUUGUUAUUCAGCAAGGUCGAUUAGUCGACGGAGCUGGUAAUAAACUAGGAAAAGAUGAUAUGUUAAAUAUGAUUCGUCACGGCGCACAGCAUGUCUUCUCUUCGAAAGACAGUGAAAUUACUGACGAAGAUAUUGACAGCCUCUUAGAACGGGGUGAAAAAAAAACGAAAGAAUUGGCUGAAAAACUAAAAGAUAUGGGAGAAGGGAAUUUAAGGUCUCUAACGUUUGAUACGGAAGAUAAUUAUACCAUCUACGAAUUCGAAGGCGAAGACUAUCGAGCAAAACAAAAGGUUCAGAGUUGGAUUGAACCACCGAAACGUGAGAGAAAAGCUAAUUACGCAGUUGAUGCGUAUUUUAGAGAUGCUCUAAGAGUAACGUCAGCCGAACCAAAAGCUCCAAAAGCUCCUCGUCCACCAAAACAACCAAUUGUUCAUGACUUUCAAUUUUUUCCGCCAAGGCUCUUUGAACUUCUUGAUAAGGAGAUAUACUACUUCCGAAAAACUGUUGGAUACAGAGCUGCUAAAAAUCCAGAUUUGCCUUCAGCUGAAGCGGAAAGAGAACGUCGAGAUGAACAGAGAAGAAUUGACGAGAGUGAACCACUAACAGAGGACGAAGUAGGCGAAAAAGAUGAACUAUUAAAGCAAGGUUUCACACACUGGUCCCGCAGAGAUUUUCAUCAGUUUAUUAAAGCAAAUGAAAAAUACGGGAGAGAUGAUUUAGAUUCUAUAUCAAAGGAAGUCGAUGGUAAAACUUCUGAACAGGUCAUGGACUAUUCUACUGUAUUUUGGUCAAGAUGCACAGAAUUACACGACGUCGAAAAAAUUAUGGCUCAAAUAGAGAGGGGAGAGGCGAAAAUUGCCAGGAAGCAUGCUGUUAAAAAAGCCUUAGACAGCAAAAUGGAACAAUAUAAGGCACCUUUCCAUCAAUUAAGAUUACAUUAUGGCACAAAUAAAGGAAAAAAUUAUACUGAAGAAGAGGAUAGAUUUUUAAUUUGUACUUUACACAAACUUGGAUUGGAAAAAGACUAUGUUUAUGAUGAACUAAGAAUGUGUAUAAGAAAUGCGCCCCAGUUUAGAUUUGAUUGGUUUCUAAAAUCUCGCACGUCUUCGGAGCUUCAAAGGAGGUGUAAUACAUUAAUUUCGUUGAUCGAAAGAGAACACAUGGACAGUCAGCCGUCAGAUGGAAAACGUAAAGCUGGUAGUGCAGCUGGACUUCCAGCAAAGAAAGCCAAACAUGAGGAUUCACCCGCUCCAGCAAAGUCCAAAUCAAGAAGAAGAUAAAGAAUUCCCUCAAUUCAGCCUUUUUUCUUUAUUUUAUGGAUGUUGUUUUAUUUCAUUAGAAAGACGUAUCGAUAUAGACCUUUUUUAUAAAGCAUAUGUACAAAGAAACAGGAAAAUACAUUCUUUAAAUUAUUAUAAAUAUUAUUAUCAAUUUCUGUUUUUACAAAUAGUAACUUUUAAUUUCUAAAACUUAACUACUUUAACUUUUUUAGUCCGUACAGGUUCUUUAACAGUUUCUACCGCUUCAUCAUCAACAUUAUUAUCCGCUAAUGUUUUUAAUGUUGUAUGAGCUAUACCGCUCCUUUUCAUAAAUUCAGGACAGUCUUUUUUAAAGUGUUCUACAGAGCCGCAGGAUCGACAAGAACCCCCAUUUGGAUAAAGUCCUUUUGGAUUAUCUGGACACUGGUUUGAUAAAUGACCAGUUUCUUUACAAAUAAAACAAGUAGCAUAGGGUAAUUGUCCGUCUGGUACUUUAACCCUACAAGUAUGCAUUGAAUGUUCUGUUGAACCGCAUUUAAAGCAAAUACCAUAUCCAAUUUUUGUCUUUGAUUCUGGGCAGUGCUCUGCCGAGUGUCCAGGUUUUCUACAAUUAAAGCAGGCCUUUCCCAACUCUCUCUGAUCUAUUCGCUUUAUUCUACGGUUUUCUCGUCGAUCAUCCUUUCGGAUAACCGUGUCGAUUGCUUCUGCGGCCUCUGUAUCAUCUUUAUAUUCUGUUUUUAAGUUUUCUAAUCUUUCCCGUUCUUUCGAAUAAGUUUUGGAUUCAGGGUGAGGCCGUUUUAGAUUUUUGUUUCCUUUCUUUUCUGGAACUUUCUCCGAGAGUGACGACCAGCUUGAUGCCUCGUGUGGCUUCUUCUGAUUUGCAGGACCACCUCUAGCGAAUCUUGUCAUGCUUUCUAACUCGAUUUAAAAGUAUACAUUGAAAAUAUUGACGAACUAUGGUUUAUGCUCGAAGUAACUAAAGUUAAUUUGAAAAUAGAUUCGGAAUACAAUCCACACAAUCAAUAAUUUAACGAACCAGCCAACCGUCUACCUUAAUAGAAAAAAACAAAAGUUUCAUAAAUAUAAUAAUUUUUAAAUUGAAAACUAAUCAGAUUUUUUAUUACUAAUUUUGGUUAAAAUUUUACUUUUGGCAAAAUAUCUAUGAA